CUAAGAUCAUUAUUCAAUAGCCUUAUCUCUCUUUAAGUUUUUCGCCGUGCUCAUUCUCUUCUCCUUUAGUUAAGAAAACACAACACUGUUAUACAUCGUUAGAUUUCUCGAAUACGAUGAAGACAACGUUGCUUCGUCCAUGUUGUACUCCUCUGUUUCUCGACGCCCAUAGCAACCGAACCUCUUCAACCGGACACGCUUCCUUUGUUGUUUGUUCUUCAUCCAGGAACCAACCCUACAUCCCCAAGCUUGAACCUUUUAGCCGAACCAAGUUUGAAAGGGCCGUUAAAGACCCUCCUCUGAUCGAAAAAUCUGAGAAAGAGCUCUCAGAUUAUUGUUUAACUCUUGAAGGUGAGGAAUCCUACAGUUGCUGGCAGGCUUAUUUUGAGCUGAAAGAUCUUGAAAAAGAGACUCCAAAAAAAGACAUAGAGAGGUUGAUUCUGGAGACUGGUGGUGUGAAAUCCUUAAUAGGAUGUUUGCAUGGGAUAACAAGCAUGCAGAAAGUGAAGAAAGAUGGCAUAAAGUCGAGUAAGGAUGUGAAAUCAGAGGAAGGUGAGAGACAGUGUCCUAUACCUGAUGGAUUGCCAAAAUCUGAUGAUGAACUGAGGGAAGAGGAAGAAUCAAAAAUGCCUGAUUCACCAUACACCAAGCUUUUAAGAACCAUGGGAAGGCACCCUGCAUGGUAUUCUCCUGCACCUGAUCAUGAAACAGAUUGAUUCAUCAAUCAUCAUUGCCAUACAUAUGUAAAUGGACUGCCUAUAAUACCUCCAUGUGAAUGGAAUAGAUGUUAAUAUUUUGGUAAUUUUUUUUAUGAUGUAGUUAACUUUGGAUAAUGGUAUUGUUUUCUCUGAAAA